ACUUAUGAAAAAAAUUGUAAAGAGCACAAACAUAUUCCGUCUGUAGAAGUGUCGUUACUUACACUACAGUAAGCGGGACUUACUGUUACAGCUACAUUAACCAACCUUUAGCCACUAGGGCGCAGAAAAACAUAAAAACAAGCUGACAUGAACAGCCACCACAUACCAGUGGCUUGUUAAGUUUUUAUGGCUGAUGGGAUAGCAAACAGUUGCCUACUUACACAUCGAGCAGACACGUCAACAUUUCAUUUGGAGUCAUUUCUGGCCACCAGACAAAUGGAUAGACUGGCAAUUUGUCCAGGAUGUUUACCCACCUUCCACCAAGUGCAUCUUGACAGGCUCCUGUGCCCCUACGACCCAGAGUGGAUAUAGAUGGAAUAUUAUGCAGUAAACAAACAAUGUGGAACAAGGGAAGGAGACUUGGAAAGAAGUGAACAUUGAACUACUCAAGGAAACAAACAUAUCGUGCAGGGAAGGAUCUUCCAUCAGCUUCCAUCUCUAAUAAGAUUUACAGAGAGCAUAGCAGAGAGAGCGGGGUCAUAUGUCUUGGGAGCUCUACCCUCAAUAUUGGCAAGGAAAUCAAUGUGUCAAAAUGUCCGCUGCUGCCAAGCUCCCCUUCCACAAGUGAUGAUGUCAUCAUAGUCGGAUUUGCCUGCCAACCAAGUGACUGAGCUGAGGAGAAACUGUUUUCCAUCUGCACCUUUCUGUCCCUCAAAACAUGAAUAAACAUGAUGUUGUUCUCAGUCUCCUCUGAAGAAAGGUGUCAGAGGGAGCAUAGGAAUCAGCUGAGGGAGGAAGAAGGAGGGAAGAACUUUAAAGCUGGUUUCUAAACACCAGCUGGCUACCAGUCUUGCCAAGGAAGACACCCUUCUUUUCACUGAUAACAGAAAGAGGAUAUUUUCGUGGAAGCAGCUGAGAAGGGCUACACAAGUCUGGAGGUUUCUACCUUGACACGGUGUUCUGACUGGCUGGAGGGGGAUGCAAACUGUGCCAGAUCACUUCGCAGGACGAGGACCAUGAUUGACAGCCAGGCGAGCUGAGGAGACCUGUCAGUCAUCUUCCUAUCAGCGUGUCAGAGGGCUAUCUCCUUCUCGCCUCCCCCCUCUUCCUCCUCCUUCUCCUCCGCCAUCCUCCUCCCUCCCUCGAUCCUCUCCUCUUAUCUUCUCAAUGGGCUGGUAAUCUCACCAUCCCUCGUAGUUAUCCACCCCUCCUGAAGCCUGAAAGAGACAGAAAUAGUAUUGAAAAACAACAAGACACUUCUAAACUGACCCUCGCUCCACCUGAGGGGAGUUUGGCAUGCCUCCUCACUCCAGCUGAGUGAGUUGUAGUAAGUGGAAGAAGAAGAGGGAUCCUUGUUUGCACACCUUCAGAAGGAGAUACAGCUCUUUUAAGAAGGAGCUGAGAGAGGACGAGCCAUGCGUUUCCAUUUUGCGUUGACGCUGCAGGCGCUGUGGACCGGUCUUUGCCAGGCGGCCAUGCAGCACUACCCUGCAGCAUGGGGCCACUACGAUGUGUGCAAGUCCCAAAUUUACUCAGACGAAGGCUUAACCUGGGACUACAUGGCCUGCCAGCCAGAGGCAGCAGACAUGACCCAGUACCUGAAGGUUACUCUGGAUCCCCCCAACAUCACCUGUGGAGACCCUCCAGAGACAUACUGUGCCCUGGAGAACCCCUACAUGUGUAAUAAUGAAUGUGACGCCAACACAGAGGAACUCGCCCACCCUCCAGAGCUCAUGUUCGACAACGAGGGCCGUAACCCCACAACCUUCUGGCAGUCCACAUCUUGGAAGAAGUAUCCAAAGGCCCUCCUGGUCAACAUCACGCUAUCUUGGAACAAGACCAUCGAGCUGACCGACGACAUCGUCCUCACCUUUGAGUCAGGCCGGCCCGAACAGAUGGUGCUAGAAAAGUCGCUGGAUUAUGGACGAACCUGGCAGCCCUACCAGUUCUAUGCCACUGACUGCCUGGAUGCCUUCACCAUGGAGCCCAAGACGGUGCAGGACCUGACUCAGCAUACCCUGCUGGACAUCAUCUGCACUGAGGACUACUCGCGAGGUUAUGUGUGGAAGUAUGAUAAAACCGUGCGCUUUGAGAUCAAAGACCGCUUUGCGCUGUUUGCUGGGCCCCGGCUCCACAACAUGGCUUCACUUUAUGGCCAACUAGACACUACCAAGAACCUGAGGGACUUCUUUACCAUCACAGACCUGAGAAUCCGCCUACUUCGACCGGCUACAGGAGCUACAAUGGUGGACGAGAACAACUUGUCCAGAUACUUCUAUGCCAUCUCUGACAUCAAAGUCCAUGGCAGGUGCAAGUGCAACCUUCACGCCAACAGCUGUGUGUAUGACAAAGAGAAGUUGAGCUGCGAGUGUGAACACAACACCACUGGGCCUGACUGUGGCCGCUGUAAGAAGAACUACCAGGGGCGAGCGUGGAGUGCUGGCUCCUACCUGCCCAUCCCCAAGGGCACGGCUAAUAUCUGGCUGAGGACACUUAGAGAGAUAGAAGUCGGCAGUGUCGCUAACCGAAAAGAAGUAGCUCCUCAAGUUGCAUUGUCCACUGCCCCUUCUGUCCACGUUGCAAACAGCAAGCGAGACUGCGAAUGCUUCGGCCACUCCAACCGAUGCAGCUACAUCGAGCUGCUAAACACCGUCAUUUGCGUGCGCUGUAAGCACAACACUAGGGGCCAGCACUGCCAGCUAUGCAAGCUGGGCUACUACCGCAAUGCCUCAGCAGAACUGGACGAUGAAAAUGUGUGCAUAGAGUGUAAUUGUAAUCCCUUUGGCUCAGUCAGUGAUCGCUGUAAUGGCACAGGAUUUUGUAUAUGUAAGGAGGGCACUACAGGGCCUAAGUGUCAGGAGUGUCUACCCGGCUAUUUAUGGGACGAUGGCUGCAAAUCCCGGGUGUGUGACAACGAGCUCCUGCGCUGCCAAAAUGGCGGGGUGUGUGUCAACAACGUCCGCUGCAGCUGUCCCUCAGCCUACACGGGCCUACAGUGUGAGAAGCCCCGCUGCGAGACGGAGCUGGGGGGCUGCGGGGGCCCCGAUUCGGGCCAGGCCCCCCUGAUGGCUCCAUCCUCCCCCAGGCUGCUGCUGCUGCUGCUGGGCUCGGCACUGCUGAGAGAGGCCUCCUGCUGGCCCGCCGUGCUCUAAAGAGACCCAUGACCUGGUGGGAGUGAUAAAUUCCCCACCGCCUCCACCUUAACCUUCCCAUCCCCCCUUUCAAAUAAUCAACAACCAUUAAACAAGAACAAUCAUGAGCUUUCUGGAUUGUACUGUACUGAGCUUCUCCGCCGCCAGAUUCAAUGGACACUCGCGCUGACGAUAAAGGGAAUGUGCCAGACAAAUGAGUGCAAAAACUCUUCAUUUAAUUUCAAAGAAUAUAUAGAAAUGAAAAAACAUAUACUUCUAUGCCAGAUAUUAUUAAAAAAAAAAAAGAGUACCUGAGCGUUUGCCUAAUAAAAGUAAAA